CUACUUCAAGCUUAUCAUGUCUGUCAUAGAGAUAAUGAAGGUUAAUACAUCAAAAGUAUUUUUAAAAGCUAGUCCCCAAUGAAGGGAAAUCACUCUGCAGGUGUUAAAUUAAAAAUCAACAAAGAAAAAUGACAGAAAUUGUUUUGAGGCAUAGCGCUGUUCAGAAGAGUAUUGGCGGCUCUGAGGCAUUUUACAAUGAGGCAAUAGAGCAGGCAGCCAACUUCAACCUGCGUAUGAAGAAUGACAGGAAGAUGCGGCUGCCUUUCUUGGACUCUCAAACUGGAGUGGCCCAAAGUCACACUGAUCUGUGGCAUUCUUACCGUCACAGAAGACCAGGGAAGUACCCUGGCCAGAUCUACUCCUAUCCUGAGCGGAGAUGGAAGAAGAAACGCCAUUAUUUCCUAUUUCCCGAAGAACGAAACAACAAAACAGGAGACAUUGAGACGGGUGAAGCAGAAUCAGUGAUUGGCGCGAGUAAACGCCGACCCAGGUCGGCUGAUGUCUCAACCCCAGACAUGCAUCAAAUAAGCACUGUGGAGAAUCCAGCUGCCACGAGUAAAGCCGAUGAAGAGAUCCCUGAUCUUAAAAGUGAGACGAGCAAGGAUAAAUGGUACGACGAAUACGAUGAGUAUAUGGAGCCGCCAGAUGCCGGGGAAAUGUGCGAUGACCAGUCUGAUAUCUCGGACUUUGAGGAUACCUACAUUAAGAAGAAAAAACGAAAGGGAAAGGGAAGUACUCGUGGGAGGAAGAAGAAGAUAGACAAAGAAGAAAAAGAAAAACUUGAUGAGGAAAAGGAAAAACCUUAUGCUUGUGAAGUAUGUAACGCACGCUACAAGACCCGUCCGGGGUUGUCGUACCACUACAACCAUUUCCACAAUGGUAUGAUGGAACCAGAAGAACCAGAACCAUCUCCCAAGUCCGUUGCUAAAACUCCUCCAAAAUUGGAGCGUGAAGAGCCAGUGAAGGUCACACCUACGCUAGUAUUCCCAGAGCGUGGUGAAGAUGGUAAAGUGCAGAACAGCAACUAUUGUGACUUCUGUCUCGGAGACUCCGAUGAAAACAAGAAGACUGGGGAGUCUGAGCAGCUGGUUUCGUGCAGCGAUUGCGGAAGAUCUGGUCACCCAACUUGCCUGCAGUUCACGGCAAACAUGACUGUUUCCGUGAAGAAAUACCCAUGGCAGUGUAUUGAGUGUAAAUCCUGCGGACUGUGCGGAACUUCUGAGAAUGAUGAGCAGCUACUGUUUUGCGAUGAUUGUGACCGUGGUUACCACAUGUACUGCCUCAACCCGCCCCUGGCUGAGGCCCCAGAAGGGAACUGGAGCUGUCAUCUGUGUAUUGAAGAAUUCCAUGGUGGAAAGAAGCCAGCUGGAAUGGCUUAAAUCUUGUAUUGUCAUGGAAACAGUGGUUACCAUGGCAACUGUUUUAAUUUUGUCUAUUUUCUUUGGUGUUGCAUUAUGGCUUUUGAAAUAAUUUUCAUGGAAUGCUAUGGCAGCCAUAAAGGGAUCGCCAUAUUAUUGGUGUUGUGUAUGGCUUAAAGUGGUUACUCUGAUAACUAUCUCUGAUAUCUAUAUGAGGUCACUUUCAUUGGUGUUUCAUUAUGGCCUAAAUUCCUGUUUACACAGAAUAAUGGUUUCCGUGACAACCAAUAAAUCAGGCUUUUUUUUGUGUUAUUUUUUUCAUUGAGUUCAAAUUCCUGGCCCCUAUAUCUCAAAAGUUCUUCAGCGUAAAAAGCUUUAGUAUCUGAUCUCAUUAGAACCAAUUUCUUACUUAUUCCUGAUUUUAAUUAUGAAUUUGCCAUGAUUAUCAUAUAAAUAGAGUUCUAAAGUCCAAAAGCUCUAAAAAAAGUUACAUAAAAUAAUGAGCUUUGAGGCCAGUUGUUAUGAAAACAGUUGUUACCAUGGCAACAUAUUGGACCUUUAAUGAGUAUUGCGUAAGUGUGAGAUGGUUUAGAUGUUAUCUUGUGUUUGGAAAAAAGGAGAUGAAGAUGAAAAUUAUUUAAAGCUACGUUUUUGUAAAGUGACCUUGUUCCGCAUACUAUACGAUAUGAGUAUAAAUAAGUGAUUACUUUCCUUUAAUGUUGUUAGUUAAUUUGUAUUGUGUUUUAGGCUGUAGUUCCGCAAAUCAAUUACGGUGUUAUUUGGAAUUAAUCAUGAAAGUGAAUUAUAAGACCACUUUAUUUAAAUAUGUUCAUAUGAUUGCAAUGUUAAUGUUAAUUUAAAAGCAGGCUGAAGAAUCUUAAAUAAAUCUUGGUGAGGAGCCGAGGGAUAUAGAUAAUUUUAGAUAAUUACACAGAAAAUGGAAAUAUGUUGACUUUCUCUACAAGUAAUCAAAAUGUCCUAAACCAAUGUCACAUUUCAUUUCAUAAACUUUACACUAGUAAUACACUUGUGAGAUGAAAGCAAUGUUCAUAUUUUUAAGUACAUAGGUUUAUCAGUAACUGUUCUGAAAUUAAUUGUUUUAAAAAAAUUAUUAAUUAACAUUACCUAUUCUUAGCUGGGACCACUAACUAAGUCCUACUCCCAGUUAUAAGGUAAUGACAGGCUCUUAUCGGUUACAUUUUGGGGCCACUCAAAGUAUAUUUUGUGUUUGAUAUUUAUUGCCUGUGAACAGAAAAUCAUGCUUGUUGUGCUUUCAUUUUGUCAUUUUCAUGAUGUUAUGGUAUGUUUGUUUUGAUUAGAAAGAAUAUAUUACAAAAUAUUGUACAAUUUACAAAGACUAAUGAUCAUUGCAAAGAUAAAAGAUUUAGACAACAGAAUUUAAUUCUUAUAGAAUAUGAAAAGUAUGUCAUGCUUUCGAUAUAUCAAAGAUAUAUUAAAUAUCAACCUCAUUACAUAAAACAUUUUUUUUUUGUAUUAAUAUAAAUGUAAUAUGUGGAAAACCAUGACCGAGACAUUUCCUUUUCAUCAAAUUUAUCAUCAGAUUGUGCAGGCAUUUUUAUACAGCAUUUUCUUAACCAUAAUCUUCAUUUUAUCACUGAUCUAUAUUUCAUCAUUUCCAACAAUACAGUAUGUCUGUGUACAUAAAAUGAAUGUUGUUCUUUUUAAAAUAUUAUGUGCAUGUAGAAGAAUAAUAAAUAAUGAAAGAUA